AUGGAUUAUCGAGCUCUUGUCACUGAAGAGAACGAUACUCCAGAAGGACAAGAUCAAACACUGUCACCAUUCAUUCAAUUUGAUACACAAGAAGAUCAAAUUAACACUGAAAAACAAUCCCGAUGGAGUCAUCAAAAAGAUCUCGAUGAUUUCUUCGUACGUGUGUAUCAAUACCAUCAACGACAUGGAUUUUUUUGUAUAAUUCUUUCCGAAAUCUUUGGUCUUGUACAAUUUGUAUUUAUUGUAUCAUUUACUCUCCUCAUCGUUCAAUGUAUUGAUUAUCCGCUUUUAUUUCGCUCAACUCCAGUCGCUAGAAAUAUCACACAUAAAAUACACUUCAAUGAAAUUAUUCAAUCACCACAACAAUGCCUCCACCAGAUGAAUCUCUUGACUCGUUUGUGUAUAUUUUUAUCAAUAAUCUAUUGGCUUUAUCGUUUAUCGCGUGCUAUCUACAAUCUUCUAUCCUUUUACAAUAUACGAGCAUUCUACGCUCAAGCAUUAGAUAUCAAACCAAACGAUCUAUUGAACAUGACUUGGCAUGAAGUUCAACAACGAUUAUUAAUCGCUCAACGAACACAUCAUCUAUGUAUACAUAAAUCUCAUCUAUCAGAAUUGGAUAUACAUAAUCGACUAUUACGUUUUAAAAACUACGAAGUGGCAUUUGUCAAUAAGGGAAUUUUACCAUCAAGAUUGCGUCUACCAUUUUUGAAUGAUAUAGUUUUUCUUACAACUGGCUUUAAAUUCAAUCUUCGUUUAAUAUUAUUCUGGGGACCUUAUGCACCUUUUGAUCAACGAUGGCAUCUACGACAGGAGUACAAAAUCUACAGUCAACGUGAAAAAUUAUCUAAACAAUUGUCACAAUUCAUCUUACUCUAUGGUCUUGCUAAUUUACUUCUAUCACCAUUCAUAUUCAUAUGGCAAGUCUUGAAUCUAUUCUAUGGUUACACUGAAAUUGUGCGACGCGAACCAGGUGUAUUAGGUAGUCGCCGAUGGAGUAACUAUGGUCGACUUUAUUUACGGCAUUUCAACGAGUUAGACCAUUCGCUAAAUCAACGCUUGAAUCGUGGUUAUCGACCAGCUAUAAGUUACAUGAACUCAUUUGUCAACUAUAGUAUUGUUGAAAUGGCCAAAUUUAUAAGCUUUACAACUGGUGCUAUCUUAGCUGUUUUAAUUCUACUAACAGUUUAUGAUGAAGAUGUUCUCAAUGUUGAACAUAUGUUAACAACAAUGACGAGUCUCGGUGUAGUAAUUGGAGUUUGUCGAUCGUUAAUACCAGAUGAACACGCUGUUUUCGAUCCUGAACAAAUGAUGCAGCUCGUUCUCGCACAAGUUCAUUAUCAACCAGAUGCAUGGAAAGAUCAUGCACAUACAGAUUAUGUUCAAGCGGAAUUCGGACAGAUGUUUCAAUUGAAAUAUGUUUAUUUUCUCGAAGAACUUCUUAGUGCAUUUGUUACGCCAUUAGUUCUAUGUUUCCAUCUACGUCGUAGAUCACUACAAAUCAUUGAUUUCUUGAGAAAUUUCACUGUUGACGUCCAAGGUGUUGGUGAUGUUUGCAGCUUUGCACAGUUAGACGUUGCAAAACAUGGAGAUUUGAAAUGGUUCGCACCGAUGCGUCCAAAAUUAAGCAAUGCAACUGAUGCUGGAAUAACCAAUGAUGGCAAACUUGAAUUAUCAUUGAUGCAUUUUCAUCAUACGAAUCCCGAUUGGCAAAUGCCAAAACAAUGCGAAGCAUAUUUAGAGAAAAUUCAAGAACGAGCCGUCGAAGAUGCACAAGGAUCAUCGAUCCUUCAACAAUCAAUGACUGACAUGCAAACUCUGCAAGGUCAACGAAGUUUCUAUAGUGAUCCAUUAUCUACAACAUCAUUGCAUAACCGUUCGGUAAUAUCGAAGCCUCUAAUAAAUACUGCUCUGUAUUCUCCAUCGCAUACCACUGUGUCUGUUCUACCUAAUACUUCAAUCGUACAAAACAGUUUUCUCAAUGGUGGUGUCUCAAAAGCUGAUUUACCUUAUCGAAGUUUAGCACAGUUUGGUGUACUUUCAAAACUUCAAACUCAAAUGUUUGAUAUGACAGAUCCUCAAUCGUUUAUGAGUUCUCUAGCGCCUAUACAAGGUCUACCGGGUGCAGCGCAAUUAGACAUGAAUGUCUCAUGUUUAUAUAUGCAUGAACUACGUCAUAAGUACAAACAUGGUGAAUACGAAGAUCUCGAACAUAUAAGCGAAGAUCAAAAUGAUGAAUCGAAAUGCUGA